AUGGCCAGAUACCCUUGGUACACAAAAGUAACAGAUGCAGUCCACCGUCUGACGGUUUUAACUCUAAUCGGUGGAUCUGCAUGGAUGAUGGGUAGUUUGGGUUAUACUAUGUAUCAGAAUGGUAAGAAAUACGAACAGAAAGUGACCCAACAGCUAGAAGCUGACGAAAAGCGUGAUUUGGAAGGUGCUGCAUCUUCUGCUGAAUAA